AUGAAGCCUGAUGAGGUUGCUUCGAAGGUGGAGGAUGAAUGUGAGCGUUUGUUGGUUGAAUACUUCUUCGACCCUUACUUCGAGAAUAUGUUUGCAGACAUCAAUGUGUCCAAGGGGUCCUAUUGUGUGAACCUCUCUCGGGCACCCAAUGCCUUUUUCCCAUUACGCCUUGAUGUUGACGUGGUUCCGGCCAUCCAGAAUCCGGAGGGUGGAGAGUUUAUUCUGAACAUGAAGGAGGGAGUGUGGUUCAAGAGUAAUCAUAAACUUCACCUAGAGAGGUGGAAUAAGAAGUUGCAGCAACAUCCAAUGAUUGGCAGAAUCAUAUUUAUGCUCAAGGUUUGGAACAGUUGCAAUGGUAAUUUGCGACAGGGUAGGAAGCCUAUGUUCAAAGGUAUUCAUUUUGAAGCCCUUCUCUUGGACUGGACGCCUGCACCAUACCAAAAUGAAGAUGAGGCCAUGAUGGAUGCAAUUUCCCAUAUCAAAUCACGAUUCAAGGAACCUUUUGUGGCUGGAGGUCAACAGCACGCAUGCAGCUACAUCACUGAAGACCCCGAGCUUUUGCAAUGUGUUGAAGAAAAAACCAAAGAAGCAAUCCUUCACCUCUCAGGAAUUUGUGAAAUCUUGCAGGGAAGGCAAAUUAAAGAUCUGAACCUCGAUGAGACCUAUGAGGUCAGCAAGAAAGUUGCAUUACUUUGCAGCCAGGAUUUGGAAACACACAGCAAACCCGUGUUGUUUACAUCUGACUUCAUGCUCAUGGAAUUUGCCAUUGAUUACUUCUUCGGAGCGGGUGAGGGGCACAUCAUGUCGCACUUUUACACACCCGAACUGGUGAAGAGCUGGGUCGACAGCUUGGCUGAAGCAGGAAGUUUGUCCGACUCUAUGUACUAUGACCUGAGGACGAAGGAUGAGUGGGAUGCAUUAGAGGCACAAAAGCAUGCUUUGGGUUUGACAAAGUGGAAGCUCCUAUGGAUCGCAGGGAAGACGCUGGGCAUUGACUUCUUGAAAAAGUUUGCGAGCCAUCGGGGCUAG